CUUCCCAUGUUUGUAUUUGUGUUGUUAUUUAAGUACAAUGCGCAGAUGAAAAUGAAUGAACAUGAUUUGCCUACAGCACUGUGCCUGGAGCAAAGCAGCCUUAAACCAUCUGCUUAACGUUUACAGGCGUCUCAUAUAACAGCAAUUUUUAACCUCACAAUAGCAUUUCUGAGAGGGUGCGACUGUAAAUGACAGACGUCUUUCCAAAAAAAGAUCUACCAUGUUGAAUGAACAUCUACUGUACCGGAUUCACACUGUGCUUUAAUGAAGACUUACAGUGUUCACUCUGAUGCUGAUUUGCUUCCAGCUGAAGAGCUAUCAUUAUUUGUCGGACGGCUCUGUUCACACAUUUUCCAUUUUAAAUACAAUAAUGAUAUCCAAGCUGUGAGCAGAUAUCUGAUACUGAUCUAAUUUUAUGAUGUGAUACAUCAGAGGCAUAAUGGUGAUCGGCUUUAAGAUGGUUUAUUUCCUGUGUUUAAUGCAACCUCUGUAUUGAGUUAGUCAACGUUUAAUGAAAUACAUCUGAUCCAGAGUUUCAGUCUCAGUACCAGUUCUGUUCAUUCUGAAUUACUUUCUCUUUGAUUUUGAUCCUGAUUUAUCCAUACAGGUGUUUAACAACUUCUUAGACUUUCAUCCUUUAACAAUAACAUUAUAUUAAAUCCUGACCCACACCACAGUGAGUAAUGCACAAGAACUUUGGAGCCAAUAAGAAAGUCUUUUCUGAUUAGAAAUUUUCUCUAAUACUUACUUUUCCACAUCACCUGCAGAUGCAGAUAUAUUAGGCUCCAAACCAAAUAGUUGGAUGUCAUCAAACCUUUCACAUCUCACACUCACACUCACACUCACUCCCACUACCUUUAAUUAGAAGUUUACACUUUCUCAGUGUUCCCUAAAGGUAGACACCUACAGUACAAUCUACCCCUCUCUGUCUCUCUCCCUCUCUGGUGCUCGUUAAUAAGCCUCAUCCUUUCCUGCCCUCCGGUUCUGGGGGAAAAGAAACGCAAUGCAAAUUCUCUUAAUUAGAGGUGUGCUACUAAUUCUUGAUCGAAAUGUGGAACGAGGUGGAUGUAAGAGUAAUCUCAUAGGUGUUGACAGGCCCGGAGUAUGUAUUUACGCUCAUGGAAUCAGGAGGGAGACUCGGAGCAGCAGUGCUGCAGGAGGGAAGAAGCAUGUCUCGCCUGUCUCUGACCCGCUCUCCAGUGUCUCCUCUGGCUGCACAGGGCAUCCCUCUUCCUGCUCAGCUGACUAAAGCCAAUGCCCCCGUCCACAUCGAUGUAGGAGGACACAUGUACACCAGCAGCUUGGCUACACUCACAAAGUAUCCAGAUUCAAGAAUCAGUCGGCUGUUUAACGGCACCGAGCCGAUCGUGUUGGACAGUCUGAAACAGCACUACUUUAUUGACCGGGAUGGAGAGAUUUUCCGUUACAUUCUCAGCUACCUUCGCACCAGCAAACUGCUCCUUCCUGAGGACUUCAAGGAGUUCCAGCUGCUGUAUGAGGAGGCACGUUAUUACCAGCUGAGUCCGAUGGUGAAAGAGCUAGAGCGCUGGAAGCAGGAGCGAGAGCAGCGGCGUAAGGGUCAGCCCUGUGAAUGCCUGGUGGUGCGUGUGACCCCUGACCUUGGCGAGAGGAUCGCGCUGAGUGGAGACAAAGCUCUCAUCGAGGAGAUCUUCCCUGAGACGGGAGAUGUCAUGUGCAACUCUGUCAACGCUGGCUGGAACCAGGACCCCACUCACGUUAUUCGCUUUCCCCUGAACGGAUACUGCAGACUCAAUUCCGUACAGGUGCUGGAGAGAUUGUUCCAGAAAGGCUUCACCAUGGUGGCAUCGUGUGGCGGAGGUGUGGACUCGUCUCAGUUCAGCGAGUACAUCCUCAGUCGGGAGGACAGACGCUGUCAGACCAUCCACACACCCAUCCGGAUAAAACAGGAGCCGUUGGACUAGAACUAACUCCUCCGUCAGAAGAUCUGCUGUGGACUGGGAGCUGGGUGUGUUCUUCUCCGCUGGCUCAGUGGACUACUUUUAGGAGCCCAUUGUGAUGGAACUCGAUACUCGACUGAACUCAAGCCUCAGUAGAGGGACAUGUUUAAAAGGCCAAGAUUGCAUACUGUAUCAUUUGGUCUUCCACUCCCAUUAACACUGUUGGUAUAAUAUUCAGUCAUGACCUUGUUUGUGUUUAAAACAAAAAUCUUUUUACACAAUAAUCCACGUUCCAGUUUUUCCAUCUCUACUGUGGACCAUCUCCUGCUCCAGUCUUCUGUAAAUCAGAUCCUUGCAUGUUUUUCCAAGAGCAGAGGCAUUUUUAUGAUGAUUGUGGAGUGGAGAAGUGCUUUCUAGCUGGCUGGCAUUGUGGGCAAAGCCAUAUUCCAUAGUCAUAUUUUUUUUCUUUAUCCUCCGAUGCUGCAAUAGCGACAUCCUCACUGCGAUGGAGCGUUUCCUUCUAAUCUCCUGCUGCUUAGUGACCUUCACCAUGACAGGAAUAGUUCCUGAACGCUUUAACUGAAGUGUUCUAGAUGUGUGUGUGUGACAUCACACAGAUCUACACUUUACAGAAAUCCAAUUCAAUAAUCAUCUAAGCCAUGUGUAUCGGUACAUCUGUAGUUCAGAGGUAGGAGAGGGACUGCUUACAACACAGCCACAGGAAAGUGUGUCUAAACUUAAGCAAGAGCUCACAUCCAACAGCAAACCUCGAUCCUGCAUCAAAGUGUGUUAGCCGGCUGAAAAACACAACGAUUUGGUCCAAUCAGAUUUACCCAACAUUUUUGUGGUUUAAGCGAUUUCAAAUCUUACUUAUAGUUGUUGUUGCACGCUUCAUAUUCCAUCAUAUUUAAUGAUUUCAUAUUAAAAACAUAGAUGAUUAUGGUUCCCAGGCGUUCUAAUAUGGAGAGACCAACAAAUUGCAUGGUCUCAAGGUGGAAGG